AUGGCUCUCCGUGGGCCGUCAAAGCCCUCACAUCUGAGGCAAGUCAGUGCCGCCAGCUUGGAGUCACUCUCCACCUACCGAUCCUCAGGGACAUUCCAUCAUCAUCAUAAUAAUAAUAAUACUAUCAACAUUCCGUCGAAUAACCAUGAUUCAGGACAGGUGUCCGACGGAAGAUCCACCCCGCUAUCCUUCCAGAUGGGGCUGAACAACCGUCUUUGUUCGCUGUGGGUUCACGAUGAGGCCUUCUGCCGGGAGGAGAUUCUUUUCAACCAGGCUGUUUUCAGCGAUUCCGGCAUUAAAUUUGGUGAUGUGGUCGAGAUCCUCCCUGUCCGGGCGCCAAAUGAUGUCACGGGCCUUGGGGAGAGGCCGAAGCGGGAUAGUUAUCUUGGCGAUUCGACGUCGUCAAUGUCUGGACCCGGCAGCGGCGGUGGUGGUGUUGUCAGCGGUAGUGGUACGAUAGGCAUUGGCGCUGGUGCUGAUGGGAGGUCUAAAUUCAAAACGCCCCUGCAGAGUCGGUGUUUGUUUGUGGUUAAACCGCUUCCGCAGGAUAUCAAAGCCAGACAUCCCCGGCUGGAGAUAUCGGUGACGAGUAGCGUUGCUAAUAUCUUCGGUUUCAAAAAUCGGUCACAGGUGCUUCUGUCGGCUGUAGAUCGUGCGCAGUGCGCGGCGUCGCAUAUUGAGAUCUCCUUUCGUGAUCAGUUCCUCGUGCGGUCUGAUAUGUGGCGGUUGGUCACGUCGGAACUGGUCGAUAAGAUCGUCUACAAGGGCCAGAAGAUUCUGUUCAUGGGAAGUAUCAGGGCUACCGUGAAGAAUAUCUUUAUCCGUGGGAAGAAGGUGCUGUCUGGUUAUUUCUCGCCGCAUACCAUACCCGUCUUUCGGAGUGAGUCGGCCAAGUAUGUGCUUUUUAUCCAGAUGUCGAGGGAGAUGUGGGAUUUUGAUUCCGAGGGGACCGGGGAUAUAUUGUUUAGCAGGAUGAUCAAUGGGUUCCUUCCGGAGCUUUUUAAGCGAUGGGCCAAUAUCGACGCCCAACAUUUGGUCACCAUUGUGCUGUUCACAAGGGUGGAAUACGAUACCUCGAGCGGCAUCGGCCUGGCGACCCUAAGCUCGGAGAAUUUAAAGACCAUCUCCAGUCAAAAUCAGGUUCCUACCCGUGACUUCUAUCGGGUGGUGGUAAAUGAUAUGCCGAGCGGUCACUGGACGGCCAUUUUAGACGAGUUAAAGAAGGAUUUCCGAACUUUCCUACGUGAUGUGUCAAUUCUCAAGACUGAGGAUGCCGAUACUCCGACAAUUAUGGGCUCCAAAUCCCCAUCAAAACCACAGACAGCUGCUAUUGUGGGAAGGCCCAGUACCGCGCUGCGCGGGAACAUCUUAGAAGCAAUCCAUCUGGCAUCCUCCCACCUUUCCUUCGACCAUAUUGAUCGCGAUAUGGUCCGCACGGGGACGUCAAUUAUCGUCAUAACACCUGGAAGCGGCGUCUUUGAGGUCUCCUAUGAAUCACUGGCAUCGACUACAGAAGCACUUACGAACCGUGGUAUUGCCAUUGAUCUGGUUUGCCUCAGUCCGAUGCCUCUGCAUUCAGUUCCUCUUUUCAAAUACCGGGAUCCCGUCCAACGGCCAUCAACCUCUUCAACGUACAGUGACCCUAACAGCGGUCCUUCCUCUCCUGAGUUGCGUCAUUCGAGAAGCAGCCUGACUAGCAGGUCGUCCCACCCGUCUUCUUUGUCUACCCCAUACGGAUCGCUCUCCGUUGGAUCGGGGCCAAGGGACCGCAUGCCAAAUAGACCCAAGGAAUGGAACUACGGUAUUCCUCAUUGGCUAGAUAUCUCUUAUUGGAACCCAGAGACCUACAGGGAGGCCCGGAGAAUCUUGAAACAGGAUCCUAAUGCGCCUAUCCCUUUUACUGUGACUAAACCGUUCAAAGUCUUCGUGCCACGGGUGAGGAUGUACGAGAUUCAAAUGAUGGGCGUUAUGGAAAGCGAGCAGUCCAAUAUUUCCAUUCCUUACCUCUUAGAAGGACAGGGCGUGCACAGAUUGUCUGGUUCUGGACGUUCCAUCUCCCAUAACCUCGCCUCUAACAAGUCCUCAUUUAAACAUGGAUCUUCUUACAAAGCGCCAUUCAGCGAUAGUCUCCGGCCGGAGCCUUUUCUCCCGAACAUGCCACAUCCAAGAGAUAUGAUACCGUCGGGACAUAAAAAACAGCAAAAGGCUAUACUUGCCUGCAUGGACCAGUAUGAUCAUUCCGUGUUUCGGCGUUUUCCGAAACCAGGCCGUCCCCCGAGAGGCCCAAAACUGAACCGUCCGAGCGAGCCUGAAGUUCAGUCCUCGGGAGCCCAUGAAAGGAUAUCUGCCAGGUCAAUAUCAAAGCUAAGAGAGCAUGAGGACAAUUCGAAGAAGUCACCUCCGAGGAAACCUGCUCUUAAGAUGGCUAAGAAACCUUCUGCGAUAUCCCGCACGAUCAGUUUUGCGCUUCGGGGACUGGGUACGAUGCCCCCUAGGGCUCAGGCUAGUACGAAGCUCAACGUGGAGCAUGCGGUGCCUGUCCUCCCUCAGACAACCUCUGCUUCUGCGAGUGGUAGUAUCAUUGGAGACAAGAAAACUGCUCCCUCCAUCUGCUCUUCGGACACAGCUUCGCUUUCAACUGUUGUCGAUCUAUCAUCGAGGCCCGGCACGCCACAGAAGCAUAGUCAAGAGGGCUCCAUCACUCCGUCUAGGCCGAUAUCCAUCAAAGCCAAAAAGCCGUUGGAUGAUCCAGAAUCGUCAGACCGCGGGGCUAUUCCGGAUUCAUUUUCUACAGCAGCUACGGCGAUUCCUUUCAACGAUGCUGCCCGUAGUAUUGAUAGCCGCGCCCGGAGGCCGCUGGCAUUGAAGUUCGAGGUUCCUACCCUGACACGUGACGGAUCUGCCCGAGAUUCGCCAAGAAAGGCCUUGUCGCCCUGGGUGCGCUCGAUCAACCCCUGCAAUACUUCAAAAGCAGUGCUACGUGAUGCCAGCUGGUUCGGGCGCUGGCAACACGCCUACCCACGGCCACCCCACAUUGCUGUGGUGAAGUGGAAGAGUUUGAAGUCGCCUGCCGUCCUACCAUUGACGACAGAAGAGUUUCCCACGGCCAGCGAAUUGGCUUCUGACUAUCUCCAGACCCCGUACCGGGUAUUUCCGAACGAUGAUGCGGAUGGUGUCGAGGCGCUCAAGACGAGAGACAUGCUUCUACGAUCAAUGAUUUCGUUGCGUCUUGCUCGUGGUUUCCAGAUGGUGACCGGGAAGAACGUGGCGGAGGUGUCCGGGCAGUCCGCACUUGAAUCUCUUAACAUCUUCGACCGACGGGAUCUGGAGAGGGAUGGUACAACUAUGUUUCUGUCCAAGGGGAAUGAGAUCCAUCGACUUGUUUGUCUUGACGGCGAAGGGAUCGAAGUGACGCGGUUCACGCAUCGGACGUCGAUGAUCUGGCCGUCUGAAGAAAAGAAGAACGAUCCAGAGCUCUAUACGCCUUUCAUGCGGACUAUCCUAAGCAAAGAAUAUACUAUCAGGGAGCUGCAUCUUGGCUCAACAGUCGACGAAUAUAAUUGGAACUAUGCCGACAAUUACAUAGCCGGGCACCGAGACUAUCUCAUGAACCCAGCCCAACAACUUCACUUUUGGCGUGUUCGCUAUGUUCUGAUCCCGAUGCGGCUCAGUGUCAGCUCCAGACACCAUCCGCAGUCGUCAUACAAUGAAGACAACGAAGAAGAGAUCCAUUUGCUCGGAAUCAGCCAACUUACGCACAUAUGGCAGCGACACAAGUACGUUCCGCCGGAGGAGAAGAGGGUUGACACAUCUUCCCGGCGAAAGAGAAUUGAGAAUCCAUUGAAUAUCAUGUAUCAAACUCGAAAUCCCUCGGAAGUCGUUGCAGCCGAGCUGGACCGGGUCUUGCUUACGGACCCUGGACUCGACAAUCCGCCUGCUCAACUGCUACCGGAGUCCGAGUUACUAGAGCGGUCAAGCAUCAGUCUCUCAUCGUUGGCAUAUAUCAUCCAGGGAGAUAAGGGCGUCCGGAUGAUGGAUCGACGGUGGCAUUGGCGGUUGCAUUAUAACUGUUUCAUCGGGUUUGAGUUUACGACUUGGCUUCUGCAGAGCUUCAAAGAUAUUGAUACCCGUGAGGAAGCAGUCGAGUUCGGGAACGAACUGUUAAAGCUUGGUCUGUUCCAACAUGUGGAGAAGAGACACAACUUCCGCGAUGGGAACUACUUCUAUCAAAUAUCCAGUGAAUAUCGUAUCGCCCGGCCCGAGUCAAGAAGUGGCUGGUUCCCUCAGAAGCGGCCAGACAAGUCCGUCCCGUCGACUCCCGCCGGGGAGAGUGUAAGAGAUUCUCCGACGAGUGGCCAUGCACGAUCGGACAGUCUUGAAGACAAUAUGUCACUGCGAUCAUCGCAAACGCCGCUCACGCCCUCUAAGGUCAAGAACAAGGCUGCCAUCAUGUUGUCCAAGUCGAUGAAGUACGACGUGGAUCCUCGGAAGCGGUCGUACCGGCCUGAAGUCGUGGACCUGCAUUUCGACCGUCUACAUAAUCCUGACAAUUGCUUUCAUAUCGAGCUGAGCUGGAUGGUAACGACGCCGAAGUUGAUCGAAGAUACGGUUUCGUCGUGGGCGUUGACGGCUGAGAAAUAUGGCCUGAAGUUGGUUCAGGUUCCUGUUGCUGAGGCUUGUGCUAUUCCCAAGACGCAGCCGUUCCGCAAGCCGUACCGGGUCUCAUUCAAAAUCAAGCCUCCCAUCGGUCCUACUCCAACGAUGUUUGGUACCACGUCUUUCGCGCAGCCUGGGCCUCCGGAUCGGUUGUUUUACCAGAAGGCGCUUUUGCGGAAGUUCGACUUCGUCUUGGACUUUGAGGCCGGCUCUGCAUUCCCUCCGGACGUCGAGGUAUCGUAUUCCUGGGGCAAACCAAACUACACAUACCCGCAGUAUAUCCAUCGCUCGGGCGGUUUGAUAGCCCAGAUUACCGAUCAAGGGGACUUUCUACUCCUCGCCAACCGUCUAGCAAGUGCUCGGAGCGCGGUUGGAAGAGACACCAGCGCAUCAAGCAGAUACGAACGCUUCGAUAAGGGCGAACAAUAUCGUCCCCGCUCAUAUACAGUCGACAACCCCCUCGAUCAUCCUUCACCCUUCCUCUCCCCCGUGGCCGACAGCAACAGUGCCACAAUCACAAUCACCCCGCAAGGAGGCCCGCAUUCACAUUUCCAACCACAACUUGGCGCAAGCGCAAGCUCAAGCUCAUGUGCCCACAAUCCCGACACGACAAACGCCUAUAGAGCCCCCGAAUCCCUCCUGCUAGCCAUCGACGACUUCUGCAACGACCCGGUACGACUGGAGCAAUUCUACUCCGAACCUCACACACUCCGCCCCACCUCGACCAGAGUCGGCCCUACUACCGCCUCGUCGUUCAUGGAAUCCUCCAUCCCUUCGUUGGAGUUACCAGCUAGCUUAGUAGGUAGCCACACUAUCCCGACUUCGUCGCCGUUGGCGUCUCGCGUUUCAUCUGAUGCGGGCGGAGCUGGAAGUGGAUCCGUGUCUUCUCCCAGUGAGAAUAAUAAUUCAUCUCGGAUGGCACGGUAUAAGAGUGAUAGUCGUAGGGGGAGUCCGAGGACGGGAAGUGGGAGUUUGAGACCGUUGAUUUGAGAGUUGGUCAAUUGUGGCUAUAACUAAUCUAUGCCAUGUUAUUAAUUAUCUUCAGAUUACGUCUCUCUAUACUAGUGCUCCUAUUACUAUUGUACUCUAGGUUUAGAUAUUAAAUUAAAAUCAAAAUCC